AUGAGGUCUGUAUCUGUGGACCUAAAUAUUGAUCCUUCACUGCAAAUUGACAUUCCUGAUGCUCUCAGUGAAAAAGAAAAAGUGAAGUUCACAGUCCAUACAAAGACUACAUUACCAGGUUUUCAGGGUACAGAAUUCUCUGUUACAAGACUCCAUGAAGAUUUCGAGUGGCUGCAUGACAUACUUACUGAAACAGACGAGUACGCAGGACUGAUUAUACCCCCGGCCCCUGCAAAGCCUGACUUUGAUGGCCCUCGAGAGAAGAUGCAUAAACUUGGGGAAGGAGAGCUGUCUAUGACGAAAGAGGAAUUUGCCAAAAUGAAGCAAGAGCUGGAAGCUGAAUACCUCGCUGUCUUCAAGAAAACAGUAUCAUCACAUGAAGUCUUCCUUCAGCGAAUUUCUUCCCACCCUGUUCUCCGCCAGGAUCACAACUUCCAUGUCUUUCUUGAGUAUGAUCAUGAUCUAAGUGUUCGGAGAAAAAAUGCAAAGGAAAUGUUUGGUGGCUUCUUCAAAAGUGUGGUGAAGAGUGCUGAUGAAGUUUUGUUCUCUGGGGUUAAGGAGGUAGAUGAUUUCUUUGAGCAAGAGAAGACUUUCCUUGUGACCUACUACAACAGAAUUAAGGAUUCGUGUGCAAAGGCAGAUAAAAUGACGAGAUCACAUAAAAAUGUUGCAGAUGACUACAUCCACACUUCAGCAUGCAUGAACAGCCUGGCACUGGAAGAGCCAACUGUCAUUAAAAAGUACUUGCUGAAAGUUGCCGAGCUUUUUGAGAAACUCAGGAAAAUAGAGAAUCGUGUGUCUUCUGAUGAAGAUUUGAAGCUCUCAGAGUUACUAAGAUACUAUAUGCUCAAUAUAGAAGCAGCAAAAGAUCUCCUGUACAGACGUACACGGGCCCUUGUGGACUAUGAAAAUUCAAAUAAAGCUCUGGAUAAAGCUCGGUUGAAAGGCAAAGAUGUCAGACAGGCAGAAGCACACCAACAAGAGUGCUGUCAAAGAUUUGAAAAACUUUCUCUCUCUGCCAAACAAGAAUUGAACAACUUUAAACGGAAGCGAAUAGCAGCAUUUCGUAAAAAUCUAAUUGAAAUGACUGAACUGGAGAUCAAGCAUGCAAAGAACAAUGUUUCUGCCCUGCAAAGCUGCAUUGAUUUAUUAAAGAACUAAACACAUCUGUAGUUAUCUCUCUGUGUG